CGCCGAAUUUGUUAAUUAAUCCAGCCAAGAUUUACUAAUUGAGUACACAAAAAAAAUGUGAUUGUUGAAGAAUUAAGGGACCUUCGAGCAAAUACAAAAAAAGAAUCUCUCCAUCCAUCCAUCGGCAUUCGACCACCGUCUACCCUUUGCCUGGCGCGGAGCCCAUUUUCUCUCUCUUCUCUCCCCGUCGUGCCUCCGGUGUUUCGUCUUCAUAAUCCUCGUAAUCAAUGGCGUUUCCACAGCACCAUUUUCAGCAACAGUACCAAUCUUCAGCGCAACAACAACAGCUGCAGCAGCAAUCGAAAGACUUGAGAAAUAUGUACGUACUUGACGGCCAGGUCUCGCUGCCGGUGGGUUUUUACAACCCUCCCGAUUUUCAAGACCAGUCUCAUCAUCCUCCGUACAUUCCUCCUCCCUUUCAUGUGGUGGGAUUUGCUCCUGGACCUGUGAACGACAGCAAUGAUGGGGGAAUUGAUUUACAGUGGAAUUAUGGGCUGGAACCAAGGAGGAAAAGAUUGAAGGAGCAGGACUUUUUGGAGAAUAAUUCUCAGAUUUCGUCAUUUGACUUCCUGCAAGCUCGUUCGGUUUCAACAGGACUAGGGUUAUCCCUCGAUAACAAUCGUGCUUCAUCUUCUAGUGACUCUGUUCUGUUGUCGCUCAUUGGUGAUGACAUCGAUCUUGAGUUACAGCGGCAGGAUGCGGAGAUUGAUAGAUUCCUCAAAGUUCAGGGAGAUCGAUUGGGGCAAAACAUCCUAGACAAGGUUCAGGCAGACCAACUCCAGACCAUGUCAUUACUGGAAAACAAAAUUAUCCAGAAACUCCGAGAAAAAGAGAACGAGGUUGAACUCAUCAACAAGAAGAAUUGGGAACUUGAGGACAAAAUGGAGCAGAUAUCUGCCGAAGCAGGGGCAUGGGAGCAUCGAGCAAGGUUGAACGAAAACCUAAUAAAUGCCCUCAAGUUGAAUCUCCAGCGGGUCUAUGCUCGGAGCAGGGAUCAGAGCAAGGAAGAAGGGUGCGGGGACAAUGGUGUGGUGGACGACACGGCUUCCUGCUGUAACGAUCGCAGUGGUGGCGGCGGAAUCGAUUUCCAAAUGCUGUUCAAGGAGAACAAGGACAUGAAAGAUCUGACGACGUGUAAGGUUUGCAGAGUGAAUGAGGUGUGCAUGCUUUUGUUGCCGUGUAAGCAUCUGUGCUUGUGUAAAGAGUGCGAGGGUAAGCUUAGCUUUUGUCCUCUGUGUCAGUCGUCCAAGUUUCUUGGGAUGGAAGUUUAUAUGUAACGGAAAGGACUUUGGGGAUGAUGAUCUUUAUUAACGGCUUAAAGCUCUAAGUAUACUACUGUAGAAUUUGUUGUGCAUAUGUUUGUGUUGUCCAAAAUCAGAAACAUGGCUUACUGGGAUACACACCGCUGUGGCCCAUAUAGCUUGGCCUGGGCCACUCCGAAAUUGGGCCAAGCAAGUGAUGAUCUAGCAUCCACAGACCUUGUUGUUUAAGCCCGAUUUUGUUCCAACUUGAACCAUGCCACGAUUAGGCGCUUGUCGUCUAUCCUUCUCAUGUAAGUGAACUGUGAAGUUUGUUUUGUGCCUGCUUCUUGUUUCGUUCAAUCACCCACUCGUUACAAUCGUUAUAUCAUACAGUGACGUGAAAUUGGGUACAAUUGUAGUUGACCACUAAGUAUUUGGCAUGCGAUUCAAGUCAUAAUGGACAUAUUCCUCCUAACUCGAGUUCAAAUAAACUUGAAUCGAAAAA